UAUUUCCUAACUCAUUAUUUGGCAAAAUUGAGUAGUAGCUGGAAGGAAUUUACUUGGUUCCUCUUCCUCUGGCACCACCUCUGAAUCCACCUCUCUUAGCACCUCUUCCUCUGGCUGGCUUCUCAAGUGGCUUCUCUUGUUCGGUCUUGGAGCUCUUCUUGUAAGAGCUAUCAUAUCCAUAACCUUCAUCAUAGUUGUUAUAGUAUCCAUCAUCUUGGUAUCCAUAACCGCCACUGUAGUUAUAGUUAUCAUCAUAACCGUAGCUUUCAUCAUAGCCAUAGCCAUCAUUAUAGCCGUAUCCUUCGUCAUGUCCGUAGUUGUAGCCGCCAUAGCCACCUCUGGAUCCUCUGCCGCCUCUGGAGCCUCUACCACCUCUGGAGCCUCUGCCACCUCUGCUGCCUCUGGAUCCUCUGCCACCUCUGAAACCUCUGCUUCCUCUGCCUCCCUUAGGAGCGGAGUAGUCGCCUUCCUUCUCGUCUCUGGGCAUAGUCUCCUUGUAUUCUUCUACUUGGUCUUCUGGGAUUGGAGCCUGAUAACCAAUACCGUCAUCAGAAGGCUUGUUCUUGGAAAGAAGAACCUCAAGAGUGACAAUAACUCUCUCAGAUCCGUCAUGUCUAGUCUCAGUAGUGGAGGUAAUCUUGUUCAACUGGUGGAGUCCCUUGAUUCUUCUCUUAAGAAGCUCAACAAGAGGCACGGCCUUUUCGAUAGCUCUUCCAGCAGCCUUAAUGUUGACCUCUUCGAACUUGGUCUCGUCCUUCUCCAUAAGGUUGUAGACAUAUCUGACAUAUCUACCGACUCCGGCCUUGGCUGAGAUUCUGAUCUCGUUCUGUGGGAUGGUUGGCAAAUCUUUCUUUCCUUCUUCCAUUUUACACUCUAA